AUGUCCGAUCCCCACUGCCUCCAGGAGAUGGACGUUGUGGAGCAUGACGACCUCGUCGAGGUUCUUUCUCCGGGACCUCGCGCUGUAUCAUCCGGUGAGCAAUCCCUCGACGGCAGUAUAGAUGAAGAACGAGGGGCUCUCUCUGAUUCGGACGUCAAUCAUGUAGCCAGAGCAAAUACCUUAGCGUCACAAGUCAAAGGCCCGUCCUCAGAUGCUCUGGAGGAGUCGUGUAGGAUGGAAGCCGUGGUAAGGGAAAGAGGUUCUGAAUGGGAAGACAUACUGGGCAGUGGGCAACUCAUGAAGAGAGUAGUAAAAGAUGGUCGUGGAAGUGAACGUCCUACAGAUGGCCAAUGGGUCACAAUCAAGGUGGUGGAUACAUUACGUGGAGUUGACUCUCACGAUCGACUUACCUUUAUCCUUGGGUUCAGCAUGGUUAUCGACGCCUGGGAAUUAGCGACAAAGCUAAUGAAUGUCGAAGAGAUCGCUGAGAUUCGUGUAAAGUCUCGCCUGGCUUAUGGCGAGUGUGGCUUAGAUGACAUAAUUCCUCAGAACCAAGAUCAGGAGUACCGGAUUGAAUUGCUCGAGAUUGGUACUUCACCGGAUUACGAGAACAUGGGAGAAGAGGAGUUGUCCGAUUUUGUUCUUAUGUUAAAAGAUAGGGGCAAUUUCUAUUUCAAUCGAAGAGAAUAUGAAAAGGCUAUUUUCGUCUACAAGAGGUAG